AUAUUAUUUUAUUCAUCUGAUCGAAAAUAAAACUAAUUAAAUAAAUAAAUAUAUAUAUAUAUAUAUAAAUAGGUAAAUAAAUUAAUGAGUAUGUAUUAAUAAUUGUAGUUUUAUUAUUAAACUUUCAACAAUAGAUCAAAAUAUCGAGUUAUAAUUUAAUAUAUAUAUAUAUAUACGUUAUUAUGGCUGAUGAUUUAUGAAGCACCAUUACCACUAGACUAAAGAGUUUAUCGUCAACCAAAAUGGGAUGUCAUAACAUCAACGCUAACAACAACAACUGCUACAACACUAGCAACAACAACAACAGCCGAAACAUGUGCAACAGCAAAAGCGACUACAACGCUAGUAUUAAAAACACUGCAAAAUCCUCACCUGAAAAAUUAACUUCAUCAUCGUCACAAAACUCAGUAUUGUCGUCCAAACUAUCGCUACUUCUGCCGCUACUACUGCAGCUACUCUUACUACUACUAAAUCUACCAUGCGCUUCUUCUUGCAUAGUGUCCACAAUUUGCAUUUGCGAAUACAUGUCUGGUAUAACUAUGAAGAUUAGUUGCCACGGGAGAAACUUACGGACGAUGCCAGAUUUAACUCUGACAGGUGAAAGUAUCAUCGGUGAAAUAUCACUCCAACAAAAUUUUCUUACCGAAGUGCCGGCGAAUUCUUUCAAGGAAACAGGAACGAGAAAAAUAGAUCUGAGUGAUAAUCCGUUGAGGAAUAUAAAGCCAAAUGCAUUCGCUGGGUUGGAUGGAUCGUUGGUUGAACUUGUUUUGGGGAAAAAAGAUGAACAGUUUGAUCUGGAUUUCGGGGGGUUGUUCAUUGAAAAUUUAACGAAUUUAGAGACACUUACUUUGAAUUAUUUCAAAAGAACGAAUCUACAAAGUGGCAUUUUUAGAAAUUUGAACAAAUUAAAAUACCUGUCAAUCACUUAUGGAAAGUUGCAGAGCAUAGAUGCUUCUUCGUUCGAAGGAUUGAACAACUGUUUGGAACAACUUGAUCUGACGUGGAAUGAUCUAGAAGCAGUUCCUAGCGCAACACUCAAACCUUUAAAAAAUUUGAAAAUAUUAAAUUUGAAUUACAACAAAAUUCAUUACAUACAGAAAAGUGCUUUCGAAAACAACAGAAAACUUAAAGAGCUUCACCUGAGCUAUCUUGGCCAGCUAUCCUUUGAGACAGGAGUGUUUACUCGUGUUGAAGAUAGCUUAGAGUUAUUAACCCUUAACAAAAACACAUUAACAUACAACAGUUUUACUAUUAUAAAGGAACUUGAAAAUUUAUUAAGUUUAGAAAUUACUUCGAAUUCACUGAGAACUAUAAACAAUUUAUUAGACGGCUCUUUAGCUAAGUUGACUACUUUAAAAGCGGACGAUAACAACAUUGAACGUCUGAAAGAUGAGAUAGGAAACAAACUGACAUCCAGCACCUUAAAAUAUUUGAGUUUAAACAAAAAUCCAUCUUUGGUCAUUGAGAAAGACAGUUUCACAGAUCUGCCGAGCUUGCAAACGUUAUCUCUGAAGAACAUCAAAGAUAUUGAGCUAACCGAAGAUACAUUUUCAAGUCAAGUUACAUCAUUAAUAAAACUAGAGUUGAGUGGAAUUAAGUUUGAAGAAUCCUACUGGACUGCUUUCCAUAAUUUGAAAUCUCUCGAAGAAUUGUUCCUCACAUCGUCCAAGAUCGAUCGAAUACCAGAUUUUGCAUUCAGAGGCACUCCUAGCGUAAAAUUAUUGUACCUGGAUGAGAACAACAUCCGAAACGUUACUCAACGUACCUUCACAGGUUUGGAAAAUUCUCUUGUAGAACUUUCAAUGCCAUUCAAUAAAAUAACAAGUAUUGAAGAGUGUGUGUUCCGCGAGUUUAAAUCAUUAAACGUGUUGAAGUUGAGAAUCGAGAAUAAUUCGCUCUACUGCAACUGCGAUUUUUUGUGGCUCUAUGAAAAGAUAAAAUACUUUCUAAAUGACGAAAGAGAGGAAAUGAAAAGAAGAAAUUACAACAAAAAUGCAUCGAUUGCAAGGUAUCUGACAUGGCACUGCGCAAACCUGGGCAUCAAUUUUGUUGCCUUGGAAGACCGACAUUUUUCAAACUGUUCAAAUUUGCCACCUGUCUUGUGUGAAAAUUUCUUCAACAAAACAUCCUCUACAGAGUCGCCUGAUCUUCUUAUUGAUAUUUCCAUCGAGCAGAUAACAUCUAAAAGUUUGCUGGUCAAGUGGCUGUCAAAUAUUUCGCCGAAUAUAAUCGGUUAUCGAUUGAAAUGUCGGUAUAGUGACGACGACGCAUCACCUGAUGUAUUGAAUGUACAACUACCGUCAGAUACUAGUGAGUAUUUAGUAGAACCGCUCAACUCCAACACUGCAUAUAAAAUAUCUUUAACACCCUUGUUACCAAAUGGUAAUGAUGAUUCUACAAAAACGGUCGAAAAAUCUAUAACAACAUUAACAUGGGAAGAAAUGCACAAAGCAGAGAUAAUCGGGGCAUCGGUUGGUGGAGUAUUAGCAAUUUUAUUACUAAUAUUCGUGAUAUUUUGCGUCUGUCUAGCAAAACAAAACCGACUGAAUCGACCGAAAGUUGAGGUUACCGAUCACUCAAGGCGGUACGUCAAAUCGAUUGACUACUCGACAUCAACGGCCAGACGGCAACCCGCUCCAACAGAAAUGCGCGAAUCUCGACAGGUUUUAGAGGAAAAAAUCGACUCCGAUCCGGCAGACGUGAUAAAAUCAACCCUCCAAUCGAUGACCGACGAGGAAAAAUUCAAACUGGCCAGUCUACUGACAAGUAGUCGAAACAGUCUCGACGCUCUCGACGAUAACCGUACAUCCGUGUACGAUAAAGAAAGACGGAAGAGGGAGUACGGUCGAUUCGUCAGCUCCGGCAAGCACAUCUACGAAGAAAUACCGAACGCCGAAGUCUACGAUGAGAUUAAUGAAGAUAAAAUUGUGUGAUGUCUACUUUUAAAAAUUUCGUUUAAACGUUUUUCAUCUAUUUAAAACUUAUCAAGUUUUAAUGAUUGAAGCAUUUAACUGCAGUACAGGUUCUGCAGUGUACAUAUAUAACAUGUUUUCGCAUAGAGCUUAGAUACCUAAGUUAAUAUAAAGUAAUUUGAAAUUCAAAUGCCUACGUACCUCUUGCGUGUAAAUACAUCUAUGACAGCAUUCACACACUGAGUAUCUACAUUAUUUUAAUAAAAAAA